GCGGUGAGUGGAGCGGUCCUUUCUGGGACGCAGAGAACGGCAUUUACGGCUGAUCAAGCGAGGUAGAGGCUGACAGUGACGGCACGUCGGGAAGGAAGAUGCGCGCGCCCAUUCCAGAGCCUAAGCUUGGAGACCUGAUUGAGAUCUUCCGCCCUUUCUACAGACACUGGGCCAUCUACGUUGGCGAUGGAUAUGUGGUCCACCUGGCCCCCCCAAGUGAAAUUGCAGGAGCUGGUAUAAGCAGCUUAGCAUCCGCCCUGACCGACAAGGCCAUUGUGAAGAAGGAACUGCUGUAUGAUGUGGCUGGGAGAGACAAGUACCAGGUUAAUAACAAACAUGAUGACAAGUACUCCCCAUUGCCUCCCAACAAAAUCGUCCAGCAGGCAGAGGAGCUGGUGGGGCAGGAGAUGAUCUACAAGCUGACCAGCGAGAACUGCGAGCACUUUGUGAAUGAGCUUCGCUACGGGGUGCCCCGCAGUGACCAGGUCAGAGAUGUCAUCAUGGCAGCAGGCAUCGCAGGGGUGGGCUUGGCGGCCAUGGGCCUCAUUGGAGUCAUGUUCUCAAGAAACAAUAAACGAAAGCAAUAAGUUAAAAGGACUUUCCUGCCAACCAUGACUUUAUAUAUUAAGGGAGUCUUGUUUUGCUACAGAGUUUGCUUUGUGGAUUUUAUUGCAUUUUAAAGUAGGGCUUAUUUGCUCAGAAUAAAAGAAAGCACAAUGAAGGAGGAUUUUAUUGGGGGAAAGGCAGCA